AUGGCGCGUCUGUGGAACGCGACGGUGUUGUUAGCCCUGUUGCUAGGGUGGAGUGCGGUGCGGCUGGUGGAAGGAUGCCCGGCGGAGGUGUGCGUGUGCAAGUGGAAGGGUGGCAAACAGACGGUCGAGUGUGGGGGUCGGUUCUUGAACCGCCUGCCGGAUGGGAUGGAUCCGGGCACGCAGGUGCUUAACUUCUCCAGCAACAGCCUGAUGAUACUGCCGAGCGAGCGCUUCAAGAAGAUGGAGCUGAUCAACCUGCAGAAGAUCUACCUGGCUCGCAACCAGAUCAGUAAGAUCCACGAUCGAGCGUUCCGGGGGUUGACGAACCUGGUCGAGCUGGACCUCUCGGAGAACGCACUGACGGAGGUGCCGUCGGAGACGUUCCAGGACUACUCGGCGCUGAUGCGGCUCACGCUGAGUGGCAACCGCAUCCGGGCGAUACGGGCCAACGCCUUCAAGCAGCUGUCCUACCUGACCACGCUCGAGCUGAGCAACUGCCAGGUGGAGCUGGUCGAGGAUGAGGCGUUCAUCGGUAUGGACAACCUCGAGUGGUUACGGUUGGAUGGGAACCGGAUCGCGACAAUCCGGGGAGCGCACGUCCUCCCGGAGUCGCUGCACGGUAUCAACCUGCAGGGCAAUCGGUGGCACUGUGACUGCCAGCUCACCGAUAUCCACACCUGGCUCAAUAGCUUCAAUGUACCGCAGCGCGAGGAGAUCAAGUGCGCUGGUCCGGCGCGACUUGCCGGUGAAACCAUCAAGGCACUUCCCUUGGACGACCUGGCCUGCAUGCCCGUCAUUACACCGGAGACGUCGUACCGGGAAAUAGCUGAGGGGCGCAACAUUUCACUGGAUUGUCGGAUAGCGGGAACUCCCGAACCAUCCAUAGCCUGGCUGUUCCAGGGACAGAUCCUUCUCAACGACAGCUUGCUCGCGCCGAGCCUUCACCUGUACUACUACGUGGACGAGGUGGACGGCGAGAAGCACAGCGAGUUGUUCAUCUACAACAUCACACCGGACGACAACGGGACGUACUCGUGCGUCGCUGAGAACUCGGCGGGACGGGUGCAAACCAACUACACGCUGCACGUGAUCGUGAAGGAGGAACCGGUCGUCGAGCAGGUCACGUUCUCCGAGGAGUACUUCCUGGUGAUAGUGGGAGCGAGUGCGGCCGUUGGUUUCCUCGUGUUCCUGCUCGUCUGCGUCAUCGUGUGCCGCUGUGCCCGGUCGCGCCGCACCACGGUGGCGGGCAAAAAGGGCGCCAGCCGAACGGAGGGCCAAUGCACACCGAACCAGAAGUGUGCCUCGAUCACCAACGAGCUCGGGGAACCACUAACGGCGGCCAAGAUGAACGGUGGACUAGGGCUAGGUGACGGUGGAAGUCCGCAGGACAUCGUGCUGUACCUCAACACGAAUCCCAACGGGCUGGAUAAGGCAGUGCUGAACAACAUGACAGCGAUGGCACAGUUCUGCAGUCCACCGUCGGCCCGGAGCUACCAAGAUCAGAACCCGGACUUGAUCAACGACGCGGAGAGUGGCCAGCACAAGGGUAGACCGAGGCCACCGGAAGCCCUCGACUCCGAUCUGGGAGAGAAAGACUCGGACGAGCAGAGUAGCGUACAGGACGGUGGAAGUGAGGCCAGCUUCCAGCAGAACGCGGGCCCUGCCUACUACCCGCCGGUGGCGUUACGGGGCCCCCGUUUCGUCGCAUCUGCCCUUUCCACCUUGCCACGGGGUGGACUCACCUGCAAAGACGCACAAGGGCUCGCUGCGUACCAACACCAAGUCGACAUCCACCUAAGCCCCGGGUGUUUUCUCGAUCAAAAUGGCUACCCGGUGGACUUGGGUCUGAUGGCUGCGGCGACAGCGACACCUAGCGGGCCCACGGUGAACUACUACCGAACGUUGCCGCACAAAAAACAGCGCGAAGCGGCGGCAGCAGGCGGUGCGGGCAAGGUGCGUUACGCCAACGACGCUGAGUUCAUCAGUCGGGCUCACCAGGCGCAAGCGUACCAGCUGUACGGCCCAGCCGACGUUCGAUACACGGCCGAAGGGUAUCCGCAGGGUGCCGACCCUUCGCAGGCGCAGUUCCCAUCGCCACCGGACGGUUACAAGGGGGACGUGCAACCCGUGGCCUACAUGAGCUCGACGGCGGCGGCCGCCUUCUGCGUCGGCCCGUCUCCUUCCAUGCCGCCCCAGCAGUGGCCCACCUUCCUGCCCGGCUUCCAUCCGCAGCUCAUUCCCAUCAUGACGUCGGCGCCUUCGGUUGGAUCUCCCGUGGGGGCGGCACCGCCACCCGACUACAGCGGCCUUCGGGGAGCUCCCGGGGCACUCCUUUCAUCCCCCAUGAUGGCCUCCAGCGUCAGCCAGCAGACGCAAUCCAGCAGUGGCCAGCAGCAACAGCAGCAGCAGCAACAACAGCUGAAGAAGUGUUCCGUGGGUGCGCAGACAUCCGAGCUGGAUAAGGACGUCAUCCCGGAGCAGCGCGAAGAGGAGGAGGAAGCGGAGCACGAGUCGGUGAAGCUGAGGCACCUGACGGGUCCGCUGGCCGACAGUCCCGACGAGGGGUACGUCGGGGACAGCCACGAGACGAGCGACAUCUGACAGAAGGCCAAACCACCGCCGCUCGAUCCGCCAAUGCAUCACCAC